ACCUCAAAUGUAGUCGUCCUGAUCAGCCACCAUCUUUCCAGGUUUUCCUCUCGUCUCUUAACAGUGAAUUACAAUGGCGUGGGGCGAAUAUCCAGCAGGCUAUAAUCCAAAAGUCCAUGGACCUUAUGAUCCAGCCCGCUUCUAUGGAAAAGCUGACACUGCCCUAGCCAAUGUGAAAUUGGGAGAGCUUGGUGCGUGGCUUGGACGUAGAAACCUGAGUUUGGGAGGUAUUGCAGGAGGCUUCAGCCGUGGUUUUUGGCGCUGGCAACACAAGUACCUCCAGCCCAAGAAGGUUGGAAUUGCCCCAUUUGUGCAAUUAACUGUUGGUUCCAUGAUUUUCUUCUAUGCCCUCAACUACGGAAAAAUGAAGCACCACCGUAAUGUUAAAUACCACUGGUAAAAGUUGGUCAUGCAAGCAGUCUGACAACUCCAUAUUGUAUAGCCAUUCAAUAGCUUAUAAAAAACAAUACAUACAACAAAACAGUUCUUUGUUAUUUUAUUUUUUUUUUUGUUGUUGAUGUUCAGCAUUACAUCUAUGAUGGUAUCCAAAUCAAUUCCUACAAAGUCUGAAAAAAAAAAUAAAGGUGAUCAAAAAUGAUAGGUGAAACAUGAAAGAAGAAAAGUCUGAAAAAAUUGAUGUAAGCUAAGGAUUAACAAUGGCAAACGCAAUCGAAAGUCUCGAGUCGGCACUAAAGUUAGAGAUAGAAAGCCCUGGAACGUAAUUUCAAUUCAGCGUUGUGCGCGCACCUCGACAAGUUUUAGGGGGGGGGGGAUUAAUUCACCUUUAACAACUCGCAAAUUGUACAAGAAG